AUGCCCUUGUUGAGGGGUAUUUUUAUUUUCGAUUUUGCGGUAUCCCGGGAUCUGCAUGCCGAAUUCGCGCGCGGUAGGGGUAGCGAGAACAUGAUGGGUCUUCCUGAUGCCGACGUUUCCAAGUGGAUGUGGCAAGUCCUCGAGGCGUCCAUUUACCUUCAUAAUGGCCUAGACGUGGUACAUAGGGACUUGAAACCGGCCAAUAUUCUCUUGGAUGCUCAAGGAAACGCCAGAGUAGCCGACUUUGGAUCCAGCUUCGUUCUGUCGCAAGGUCUAGAGAAGUAG